AAGAAAACAUAUUUAAAUCCGAAAGAAGACGACAAAAGUCUCUCUCUCUCUCUCUCUCUCUCUCUCUCUCUCUCUUUUUCUUUUCAGUUCGUAAAUUCAAAAUCCCUGAGAAAUUUUUUUGUUGGUUCAUUUUUUCCUCGGAAGGUUUUUCUCGGUAAGAGUGUUGGAAUCAAAUGUGAUGGGAAACGGAUUCUCCUCCGUCUUACCUUGCUUCAAUCAAGGUCACCAUAGCCGUCGCCAUCACUCGUCGGAGCGUCAGCCGUCCGCGACGGCGAAUAAAAUUCAUUCCGAUCGGAUCAGCUCCCUCCGUGAACCGUUGGAUGAGACUCUAGGCCACUCCUACUGCUACGUCCCGUCUUCUAACCGCUUCAUUUCUCCGUUUCCUUCCGAUCGAUUCGUCUCUCCUACUCCUUCCUUCCGGUUAUCUCCCUCGCAUGGGCCGGGUCGGAUCCGACCUUCCGGAUCAUCCGAGCAGCUCCACACUGGGUUUAGAGCGAUUUCCGGCGCUUCAGUUAGCGCCAACACCUCCAAUUCCAAAACUGUCUUUCAGCUCGAAGAUAUUUACGACGAUGCCACUGAGAGCACUUUCGGCGGCGGCGUGAGGAGCAGUGUCGUGAAUGCCAAUGGCUUCGAAGGAACGUCGUCGUUUAACGCUCUUCCGCUUCAGCCCGUGCCGCUCGGUCCGGAUCGAUCGGGUCCUGUGGAACGCAGCGGCCUCUUCAUGUCGGGUCCGAUCGAGAGAGGCGCGAAUUCAGGCCCGUUGGACCCCGCCAGUGAGAUUUCGAGAUCUAAUUCCGCCGGCGUACAUUUCUCGGCGCCGCUCGGUGGCGGUGGCGUAUACUCGAAAAAGAGACGGAAGAAGAAGAAGAGCCUUUCCUGGCAUCCAAUUUUCGGGGAGAGGAAGCAACGGCCGUGGGUUCUUCCGGUGUCGAACUUCGUCGUCGGUGCUAAGAGGGAAAACACUGCGAGAUCCGACGGCGGCGGCGCAAUCGUCGAAGCUGCGGCAGCGGUCGCCGGAGAGAACGCGAGUGGCGAACGUGAGAACGAUUUACAGUGGGCAUUGGGGAAAGCAGGAGAAGACAGAGUCCAAUUAGCGGUUUUCGAGAAGCAAGGAUGGCUUUUCGCCGGAAUCUACGACGGUUUCAAUGGACCCGACGCUCCGGAGUUUCUGAUGGCUAAUCUCUACCGUGCUGUUCACAGUGAGUUACAGGGUUUAUUCUGGGAACUGGAGGAGGAAGAAGAUGAUAAUCCAACGGAAACAAAUCCGAAGGGUGAGAGUAUGUUAGGUAGCAGCACUCUAGAGUUGGAGCAACGAGGUAAACUUCACGGUGAAGUCGAUGAGUCUGCAAGUUCGAGCUGUCCAGUAACAGAGAAGGAAGAAAACGAAAGAGGAAAGAGAUUGGCGUCACCAUUAGAGGUGGUGGAAGUUAAGGAGAGGAAACGGCUAUGGGAGCUUCUUGCAGAGGCUCAAGCAGAAGAUGCGUUGGAUCUUUCAGGUUCUGACAGGUUUGCAUUCUCAGUGGAAGAUGCUAUUAGUGCAGGCAAUGCAGUUUCUGUGGGUAGUAAGAGAUGGUUGCUUUUGUCGAAAUUGAAGCAAGGUUUAUCUAAACAAGGAAUUUCUGGGAGGAAGUUGCUCCCAUGGAAGUUUGGUGUGGAGGAGGCUGAAAAAGAGGAGGUAGACAACAUUAGAGCAGAAGAACCGGUUGAGAAGAGGAAGAAGAGACGAAAAGCGGGUACGGUUGAUCACGAGCUGGUUCUAAAGGCGAUGUCAAAUGGUCUUGAAGCCACAGAGCAAGCGUUUCUAGAAAUGACUGAUAAGGUUCUCGACACAAAUCCCGAGCUUGCACUGAUGGGCUCGUGCUUACUGGUUGCGCUGAUGAGAGAUGAUGAUGUGUAUAUAAUGAACAUAGGGGAUAGUAGGGCUCUUGUUGCACAAUAUCAGGCUGAUGAAACAGGUGCGAGUGUGGAGACUACAGUGGAAGAAAGACGCAUCGAUUUAUACAGAGACGAUGAAAACAAAGAGCCUUCAGAUGUGGAUAAUAAGGAUACUGUAGUGAACAAUGAAACCCCUUCGCAGCAGACGAAACUGGCUGCGUUGCAGCUGACUACAGAUCACAGCACGAGCAUCGAAGAUGAAGUAACAAGAAUAAAAAACGAGCACCCUGAUGACAACCAUUGCAUAGUGAACGACAGAGUGAAAGGAAGGCUUAAGGUGACCAGAGCAUUUGGAGCAGGGUUCUUGAAGCAGCCUAAACUAAACGAUGCUUUACUGGGAAUGUUUCGAAAUGAAUACAUUGGUACGGAUCCAUACAUAUCAUGCACACCAUCCCUUCGUCACUACCGGCUAACAGAGAAUGAUCAGUUUAUGGUUCUGUCAUCUGAUGGAUUGUACCAAUACCUGAGCAAUGAAGAAGUUGUUUCCCUUGCCAUGGAGAAGUUCCCAGAUGGAGAUCCUGCUCAACAUGUUAUACAGGAACUUCUAGUCCGUGCAGCCAAGAAAGCUGGAAUGGGUUUUCACGAGCUUCUGGAUAUCCCACAAGGAGAUCGAAGAAAGUAUCAUGACGAUUGCACUGUGUUAGUGAUAGCACUUGGAGGAAGUAGGAUCUGGAAGUCAUCAGGAAAGUACCUUUGAGACCACAAUUUGAGCCAACAAGAAAACUCUCCUCAUCGAGAUGAUAAGCCUCUUUUGAUCAAAAGGUGGCAGAAAACGUUGUUCAGCUCUCGUCAAGUUUUCUUGUUUCUUUUUGUUUCAUUUCAUGUUUCUGUAGGAUUUUUUUGAUCAAGCUUAGGGGGGGAAGGGUUUAUUUUCUUUCUUUGAUGAAUAUGGUAGAGAUUGGUAUAGAGGUGAAAACCAAAAAAAAAGUAUGUAAAUUUGGGGGAGGGUAAUACAUAGAACUUGGAAAAAAAAAAAAUUAAGAAAAAAAAUAUUCUAU